AUGCAGCGACAGAAACGGAGACGGAGAAGUUCAAAAGCAUCAUUGACAGUGGCGGAUAAGAUGAGCAGGUUACCUGAUAAUGUUCUUCACUACAUCCUCUCUCUUGUAUCCACCAAAGAAGCAGUUGCUACAAGCAUUCUUUCAAAGAGAUGGAAUAAUCUUUGGCUCUCUCUUCCCAAUAUCGAUUUCAACAACAUCAAAAUCGAUAACAUUGAAUCUAAUUCAAGAUUUAACGAUUCUGUUUACUCUGUUUUAGUCUCUCGAGACACUGCUAUCGGCGGUUCUCAUUUCAUCAACCGUUUCUGCCUCGACGUUCAAUUCUGUAACCCUCAUCUUGAGUAUAAGCGCAGUUAUCCCAAUGUUGUCAAAUGGAUUAACCUUGUUGUUCAACGCAGACUAAAGUAUCUUCGUCUCAAUCUCCGUUUGAGUUAUGAUGAUGAUGAUCUCCAUCUCGACGUAGAUGAUUAUGAUAAUAGCUACUUACCAAAAUUGCCUAUUACAAUCUUCACCUGCAGAACCCUUGUUGGUCAGCCUCAGCCCCCAUAUGAUGAUAUUCCUAUCUUUCAAAAUUUGACCAACUUGGAGCUCUGCAAUAGGUGGCGUUUGGUAGUACAAGUUCUCCACCACUGCCCUAAGCUUCAAAAUCUCAAACUUUACACGGGGUCAUAUGCUGCAAAGAGAAAUGAAGAUGAUCAAGAAAAUUGGGUGGAACCAGAAUUUGUUCCACAAUGCCUUUUAUCACACCUUAGAACUUGCACUCUUCAGUUCUUUAUGACUUGUGAUUUGCGAGAUGCUUACGAUUGGGAUAUUAAGAACCAAUGUGUUAGAUUAAGGGCUGUGACUGUGAUCUGGGCUACAAAAUCAAGGUUUGUGAUGUUUCUGUGA